UUUUAGAUGGCUCAUAUUCCGCUGUAACUGUAUUGCCCCGUGACACAAGCUUUGAGCAGCGGCGGAGCACCAAACCGGGCGCACCCACAGCAUCUGUACCAACACAUCACUGCUUCGGGGGGCACUUUUCCUUUUUCUGCGAGACUGGAUGUGGAAGCAAGCGCACAGCCAGUGGGAAAAUGCUCUGAGCCGCACACAUAUGCAGGGAAUCGAUGCUGUGAUGACCGUGAGAUUCCACAAGUAAUAUGCGCAACUCUGUGGAUUGCCCUAUUUUUUUUCUCUUCUCUUCCUUUCUCCUUUCUACCCAGUUGUGUUUCCUUAUUCAUUGUGCGCCCUAUGAAGAGCAUUAACUAUCCCUCCCUCCAAUCCUAUUGAAAGGGCUCCGAAAAAAACAGAGGGAGAUGAGAGCAGCAAAUCCCUUUUUUAUUCCCCUCGUAGCGCUCAAUAAGAGAAGAAUGUGUUGCCUAUCAGUCACCGAGGGGAUCAAGUCUUCGGGACUGUCCCACGCGUUCAAUGCGCCGUGCAGAGCAUCACUGAGAGAGACAGAGUGAAGAGGACUGCAGCAGCAGUAGCAUCCUGCCUGGACACUUCACAUCAUUUAGCAACCUGUCUCCACUCAAGAUCCAUUUAAGUCAAUUAGGGCUGCCUGCUUCUCUCACCUUGGCGUGCGUGACUGUGGCGUGACACGAUGAGGAGUCUGGCGCUGCUGUUAGGGGUGAAAGCCGCUUGCAUCCUGCUGGUAUCUUCGCUCUCAGGCACAGGAGCCGUCAACAACAGCGGCCGAUGGUGGGGUAUUGUCAAUGUGGCCUCCUCGUCCAAUCUUCUCACCAAUUCCAAGAACGUGCAGUUGGUCCUGGAUCCAAGCCUGGCCCUACUGAGUCGUCGCCAGCGCCGGCUGAUUCGGCAGAAUCCUGGCAUCUUGCAUGCCAUCGCUGCUGGGCUGCACACUGCCAUAAAGGAGUGCAAGUGGCAGUUCCGCAACCGCCGCUGGAACUGCCCGACCACCCACAGCCCAGCAAUUUUUGGCAAAAUUGUCAAUCGUGGUUGCCGAGAGACGGCAUUUGUAUUUGCCAUUACCAGCGCAGGGGUAACCCAUGCUGUGGCUCGCUCCUGCUCAGAAGGGGCCAUUGAGUCGUGCACAUGUGAUUACCGCCGCAGAGGUCCUGGAGGGCCAGACUGGCACUGGGGGGGCUGCAGUGACAAUGUGGACUUUGGCCGGAUGUUCAGCCGCGAGUUUGUCGACUCCAGUGAGAGAGGCAGAGAUCUGCGCUACCUCACCAACUUACACAACAAUGAGGCUGGCAGAAUGACUGUGUCAUCAGAGAUGCGACAGGAGUGCAAGUGCCACGGCAUGUCAGGCUCCUGCACCGUGCGCACCUGUUGGAUGCGCCUGCCCAGCUUCCGCACUGUGGGAGACUUCCUUAAGGACCGGUUUGAUGGCGCAUCCAGAGUUGUAUAUGCCAACAAGGGAAGCAACCGUGCCUCUCAUCGAGCUGAUCCUCGGCAUUUGGAGCCUGAGAAUCCAGCUCACAAACCCCCCUCUGCCAUGGACCUGGUCUAUUUUGAGAAAUCACCAAACUUCUGCUCAUACAAUGGUAAAACUGGCACUUUGGGAACUUCUGGGAGAACAUGCAACAGCUCUUCUCCAGGUCUGGACGGAUGUGAACUGCUGUGCUGUGGACGUGGGUUUAAGACCCGGACUGAGAGUGUGACUGAACGUUGCCACUGCACCUUCCACUGGUGCUGUCAUGUCAGCUGCUUGAAUUGCACCAGUACACGAACGUUACACCAGUGUCUAUGAUCACAGAUGGACGACCAAGUGAAUAUAUAGGCAUUUAUAAAAGGCAAAGAAGAACUUAUCAAAACAGGUAGAUGGCUGAGAAAGCCACUAGCACACAGGUGGUUUGAGAAGUUAGGUAGAAGCUAGAAAAGCUUCAAGGCGGGUAAACUGAUACAGGGAACUCUCUGAAACAAAAAUUCAAUCAGUGUUUUUGAAAGAGGGAGAUGGAGAUAAGCACAAAUAUAUGAACAGGGUAUAGAGGGAGUAUGUGCUUACUCUUUGCCUUUGAUGCUUAUAACAGUAUUACAAGGGUACUUAGACACUACCACCAUCCAUGUAGAAUGGAAAUCAUCCGCAUCCCUCAUGUGUUUACACUGUGGAUAAAUAGAAUUAGAAGUUAAAAGGGAUAAAAUGAUGCGGUGGGGAAUCGAUUGCUAUAACCAGGUACUACAAGAGCCUUUUUCCCCCCCACUGAGGGCAGAAACUGGACACAAUGCUUCACAGAUGUUUCUGUGGCCAGAGAGCCACAAACAUGCGCUCUCAUAAACUGGUGAAGACCUCUAACAAGAUGGAAGUUAUUUAAAAAAAAAGAUCUGUGUUUUGUUUUCUUUUGCUGAAGUUUGGCUUCUCUCACAUGAAAUUGUGUGAAGUUUAUCUCCGGGGAUGGGCUGCCUGUUCCCAACUUGUGUACUUAGACCCAGGAUGCAGCCCAACCACUUAUAAUUUCCUCACCACAUUUGCCCCUUUAUUUAGAUUUCUCAGGAGCUGAAUACACCUCAACCCUGAUUUGCCAUUCUGACUUACCACAGGAUGGUCCUGAUAUUACAUGACUAGAACCAGUGCUCGCCAAGGAAAACAGAAACUGAACAAAUCUUACUGAGGCAAUGUAAUUUGAAUGUAUUAUCAAUACACUGAAUAUCGUGGCAUGGCAGGGUCAGUAUACAAAAAAUAAAUGUGACCUGCAGAAUCGUUCCCAUGCUCUGCAAUUAAAACCAUACUGAAAUAUAUUGAUGUUAACAAAAAUACAUUAAAUCCCUGUUAAUACAUAAGUGUAACAGGUUUAAAGUAGGCAAACGAUGUAUUACUUCAGGCUAGGCUGUGAAAAACAGCUACGUCUCAGAUAAACAUUUUAUUUUGAAGAAUACAGCCUCUGCUGAAGAAAUCAUGAUGUAUAUCAGCUAAGAGAACCAAAAUGCUGUAAAUAUUAAAAUAUAUGAAUAUAUUUAUAAUGACAUCAUUUGUACGUAUGCUGAAUGAUUUAUGCAUCUGCCAAUGGCUGGAGAAUAUACUAUCAUUAGUGUCAAGUCAGGAGAUGUUUUGA